AUGGGCUGAUGAUACAGAUAUACAUGAUGGCCAAGUCAAGGGCAGAGAUAAUGCGGGAUUACCGCAAGCGAAUGAAAGAGGAUCCAGAAAGGUAUCGGGAAUACCUUGCACAGGCAAGGAACAGGAAGAGAAAAAACUACGUUGCUGCAGAAAAGUUAACCAAAAAGGAAAAGGAAAAGCGUAGUGAAAAAAAUAAAGAAUACCUAAGUCGACAUCGGCAGAAGAAGAAACUUGAAAGAGAGUUAGAAACAGCUAGAAGAGACCUUGACCAACCGACACCAGAGUCAAGUGGUUACGACACAGGCCGAUCAGAGAGCACACCGCUUGUUGUCGACUUUCAAUUUCCAAAUAGAAGAAAUGGACCAAGAAGGAGAGUAUCAAACGCACUUGCUAAGAAGCAAAGAGAAUUACGCAGACUGAAAGCUGAAAAUGAAGAAAUGCGCUUGAAAUACCAGAGAACACUUAGAAGAUUACAGAGAUAUAAAAAAAUAGAGAAAAAAACUGACGAAAGUGAAUGUUCUACUCAACAGGAAUAUGAAGAGUCACUGAAUAUAAAUAAAGCUUUAACACCAAAUAGCAAAACAAAACGUAUGAUGAAAAUGGCAAAAUUAUCCCGAGAACAAAGGUCUAAGGUACACAAGCAACUCCUGUUUAGUUUUGCCGUACAAAAUCAAAUGAAAACGGAGAAGCGUGGCAUAAAGCCAACAGAGAAAGGCUCACUCAGAACACACAUUGGUUCAAUUUUGAAGAAGUAUGGAUUGAAGAAGACUGUAAGCAAGAACACAGGGUUAUCUAGAAACUGCUUGAACGGUUUGAGCAUACGUGACAUAACAAGAAGAAGAGAGACAAUGAAGUAUAAGCAGAAAGUCAUAGAUUUUCUAUCACGAGAUGAUAACUCAAGAUCGAACCCUGGGAAGAGAGAUAAAGUUAAGACACCUAAUGGCAAAGAGCAAACACGUACAUUGACCGAUUACAUGAAGAAUCUUUAUCAAAAGUUUAUGAGUGAAAAUCUAACUGUGAAACUCUCUCUUUCCUCAUUUUGCAAAUUACGACCUCGCAGUAUUAAACUUUCGGCAUUCAUCACACGGAGUUCAUGCCUUUGCACUAAACAUCAAAAUAUGUCGUUAUCUGCACGUGCGUUGAGGGGUUGUGGACUCAAUCUACCUAUCAACCCAGAGGAGUUUGUUAAAUAUGAAAGGGUGAAUCAUGUACUCGAAAAUGAAAUUCCAGAUUCAAUAAAAGUUGGACAGUGAAAGCGUGUCCCUGUGGAAGAGAAAGGUAAAAAGAAAAUGAUUAUGAAGAUAGUCGAAAGUGAGUUCAAACGAGAAGAUUUCUUGAAAUUUGUCAAGGAACAAAUGCAGUCGUUCAGUGAACAUGUUUACCGAGUGAAGAGACAGUACGAGGAAAUAAAGCAGCUGAAAGAAAACCUGAAAGCUACAGAUGCCAUUCUACAUAUGGAUUUCGCGGAGAACUACACGUGCAAAUCGGUCGAAGAGAUACAAACAGCGUACUGGAACAAAACAGGGGUCACCUUACACCCAAUAGUAGUUUAUUACAAGGGAGACGAAGACACGCUUUCACAUAAAAGUAUGGUUAUGGUUUCCGAUGAACAGGGACAUAAUUCGUCAACCGUUCUUGCUUUCUUGGACAAAGCAAUACCACGAGUGAAAACGUUGGUUAACGGACUAGAAAGGAUUCAUUAUUGGACGGAUAGUCCGACGAGUCAAUACCGGAACAAAACCAUCUUUGACGCAGUGGAAAGGCAUGAAGAGUUAUUCGGAGUUAAAGCAUCCUGGAAUUAUUUCGAAUCCGGGCAUGGGAAGGGCCCAUGUGAUGGGUUGGGCGGGCUAACUAAGAGACUUGCUGUUGAAGCUGUAAACAUGGGAAAAGUAACAAUACAGGACCCAGCCGAAUUUCAUGCCUGGACUCAGUCUACCCAUUGCACGAUGAAAAACGUUGAUUUCAUAUUUGUAUCCAGUGAGGAGUGUACAAGGAAGGCUGAAGAACUUGGCAGAGUUGUCAUUAAACCGGUUCCAGGAACGAUGAAGCUUCAUGCAAUAGUAGGUGGACUGGAGAUUACGAAUGUGUAUGUAGCCAAUGUAAGCUGUUAUUGCUCACAGUGUAGAACAGGAGACAUGUGUGAACAUUGGAAGAAAGUGACAAUAAGUAGGUGUGAACGAAAAGCGGAUGAACCAUCUGUUCAAGUACAAGAACCUAAUGAGCAGACUACGGCACCAACCGACAUUGAAAAGGAAUGCAACGAACCAAAUUGUGAGAAGUCUAAAAGUGAUAAUGGAAGAUUCAAUGAGCUAGACACAAGUGAACCAUCUGUUCAAGUACAAGAACCUGAUGAGCAGACUACGGCACCAAACGACCUUGAAAAGGACUGCAACGAACCAAAGGGUGAGAAGUCUACAAGUGAUAAUGUAAGGUUCAAUGAGCUAGAAACAAGUGAACAAACCUCUACAAAAGAUGAAAGUUCAAAUAUUGAUGAGUAUAGCAAGGGAGACUUUGUGGCCGCAGUAUACUUGAAUAAGUGGUAUGUUGGUGAAAUCGUCGACAAAGACGAAAGUGAACUAGAAAUCAGUUUCAUGAAAUCUAAUAAGUUCAUGACGUUUCAGUGGCCCGCAUCCAAAGACGAAAUUUGGUUAAAAUGUGAAGACAUACUUACUAAGAUCGGAAAGCCAAAGCCAACAGGUAGGACCAAGAGAGCGUUCAAGUUUGAAGAACAAGAACUUCAACUAAUUCAAACAUUCUUUGACGCCAGAAAUGGUAGCGUCAAAGCGUAACGAACCUUUCUUCCGAGAUUGUACCAAUUGAUGCAUUGUUUUGUCGGUCUGCUUCGUCAGUCUAGUACAGUAACUGUGUGAAUAGUUUGUGUUUGUAAAACAAUUAUUAACAAUACAGAGUUAUGAGUGUUUUGAUUUCGUUACAUUCAAAUUGUUUUAAACGUUGUAUAUACUAUGUACUGCACUUGUUCAUAAGGUUCCAAAAGACUAUACUCUUUAGUCAAAAUUUAAGCUCGAUGGAUUUGACAGUUUGCUGUCUUAUAGUACUUUCGUCAUUAAAUCAUCAAAAUA